AUGGUGCCAUUUGAUUAAAGCGAGCGGGUUUCGGUUGAGAUGAUGGAGUACAUGGAGGAUAAGUUUGCGUUGAAAAGCCAAGCGAUGAAGGCCAGCGAUUACUACAUGGACCAAGUCAUGGAGAGCCUGGACAGCACGCAGUACUUCACCAAGUCCUCCCCGAAAUGCGUGCAGGCCUUCGGGCUGCAGAGCGGCGAACACCGCGCCUCUCCCUGCGGAGACCAAAACGCCAAUUACGGUGUGCCAAAAACAGACGAGGACACUUUGCACUCGGACCUCGGGAGGUCUUUGGACAGUUGUUGCACUCUGCGGGCGUCUCCGGUGACAACCGGACAGGAGAAAGCGGAUUUGGACGACAUGGGGGACAAGUGCGACAGCAACGUGUCCAGCAGCAAGAAGAGGAGACACCGGACGACCUUCACCAGCGCGCAGCUGGAGGAGCUGGAGAAAGUCUUUCAGAAAACGCACUAUCCAGAUGUUUAUGUGAGAGAACAGCUGGCCAUGAGGACGGAAUUAACAGAGGCCAGAGUGCAGGUUUGGUUUCAGAACAGAAGAGCAAAGUGGAGGAAAAGGGAGCGCUACGGGCAGAUCCAACAAGCCAAAACUCACUUUGCAGCCACCUACGAUUUAUCAGUGUUACCGAGGACCGACAGCUACACACAGAUUCCCAACAACCUGUGGCCGAGCCCUGCUCCCGGCGGGCCCGUGGUCUCCUCCUGCAUGCUGCCCCGAGGCUCCCCUCCCUGCGUCACUUCCUACUCGCACCCCCCUCGUUCGGCCGCCGGUGCCGCCGACCACGGCUACGUGGGCUUCCCCAAUCAGCAGAACCAGUUCGGCCACGUCUCCCUCAACAACUUCUUCAGCGCGGACUCCCUGCUCACGCCGGCCGCCAACGGUCACCACGCCUUCGAGACCAAGCCCGAGUUUGAGCGGCGCUCGUCCAGCAUCGCCGUGCUGCGCAUGAAGGCCAAGGAGCACACGGCCAACAUCUCGUGGGCCAUGUGA